AUCUGAGACGUCCAUACCCAGAAAGACCUGAAGAUGUUCGCAGAGGAGGACGUGGACUAUGAGGCACUCCUGCCUGUGGACGCGCCCCAUGCGCCCCGCAACCGCCGACGCCGUCUGCAGCGCAUGGACGUUGCCUUAUUGUCCGUGAUCCUGUUCGUCGCGUGUUAUGUGGGGGUGCGGCCGCCAGCACUGCGCGUGUCCAAUCCAUUGCUGCUACCAAAGAACAGCAAAUUCCAGUACUUGACAUACGAUGACAUCGACGCAACUAAGCGCCAGUCAGGCUACAGCGUCACAUACUCACCCCGAGGUUUCGAGAUUGACGGCAAGCAGACGCUGCUGCUCGGAGGCUCCAUCCACUACCCGCGCAGCUCUACAGGCCAAUGGGAGCAGCUACUGCGAGAGGCCAAGCGAGACGGACUCAACCACAUCGAGAUGUAUGUGUUCUGGAACUUGCAUGAGCAAGAGCGCGGCGUCUUCAACUUCGCAGGGAACGCCAACAUCACGAGGUUUUACGAGCUGGCAGCUGAGGUGGGACUAUUCUUGCAUGUGCGAUUCGGUCCGUAUGUGUGUGCCGAGUGGAACAAUGGAGGUCUGCCCGUGUGGCUCAAUUGGAUUACAGGAAUGAAGGUGAGAUCGAGCAACGCUCCCUGGCAGAGGGAGAUGGAGCGGUUUAUUCGGUACAUGGUGGAGCUGUCAAGACCUUUCUUGGCGAAAAAUGGCGGGCCGAUUAUCAUGGCACAGAUCGAGAACGAAUUUGCGAUGCAUGAUCCAGAGUACAUUGAGUGGUGUGGAAAUCUUGUCGAGCAGUUGAAUACGUCGAUCCCUUGGGUUAUGUGCUACGCCAACGCAGCUGAGAAUACUAUUCUCUCGUGUAAUGACAAUGACUGUGUCGAUUUCGCCGUGAAGCAUGUCAAGGAGCGCCCGUCCGACCCACUUGUGUGGACAGAGGAUGAGGGCUGGUUUCAGACCUGGCAGAAGGAUAAAAAGAAUCCAUUGCCAAAUGACCAGCGCACCGCUGAAGACGUGGCGUAUGCUGUUGCUCGGUGGUUUGCAGUUGGAGGAGCUGCCCACAAUUACUACAUGUACCACGGCGGCAAUAAUUACGGCAGAGCUGCGUCGGCUGGAGUGACUACGAUGUAUGCGGACGGAGUGAAUCUCCAUUCCGACGCACUCAGCAAUGAACCAAAGCGCAGUCACUUACGAAAGCUUCAUGAGGCUCUGAUUGAGUGCAACGACGUCUUGUUAAGCAAUGAUCGACAAGUACUGAACCCCCACGACCUGCCUCUUGAAGACGGGCAAAUAAUGCAGGCUUCUUCUCAGCAACGAGCUUUUAUCUAUGGACCAGAAGAUGGACCAAACCAAGUGGCAUUUUUGGAGAAUAUGGCCAACCAGAGUGUUCGGGUGACGUUUACUGGCCAACAGUACCAUCUCGCGCCAUUCUCCGUGUUGAUUCUCAAAGACGGCGUUGUUCUGUUUGACACGGCAGACGUACAGAAGUCGUUCCCAGGUCGUCAACAUCGCUCGUACACUCCGCUAGUUAAAGCUAGUGCUCUUGAGUGGGAAACGUGGAGUGAGCUGAAUGUGUCGUCAACGUCUCUGAGAAGGAAGGUGAUAGCUGAUCGACCCCUUGAGCAGCUUCGGUUGACAGCAGAUCGAUCCGAUUAUUUGACGUAUGAGACCACGUUUACUCUGAAACAGCUUGGUGAUAUCGAUGACGGUGCGUCGACGGUGAAGGUGACCUCAUGCGAGGGUAGCAGUAUCAUUGUGUUCGUUGACGGCUGGCUCAUUGGCGAGAGGAAUCUAGCCUACCCUGGUGGUAAUUGCUCUAAGGAGUUCGGCUUCCACCUGCCCGCUAACAUCGACGUUGGUCGUCAACAUGAUCUGAAGUUGGUGUCUGUCAGUUUGGGGAUCUACUCGUUGGGUAGUAACCAUACCAAAGGGGUGACUGGAAGUGUUCGAAUCGGUCACAGGGAUCUAGCGCAUGACCAUCGAUGGGAAAUGUACCCGAGUCUUGUUGGGGAACAGCUGGAGAUUUAUCGUCCACAGUGGGUUGGCUCGGUGCCCUGGACUCCAGUGUCUCGUGCAUCAGAUGGAGCUGAGAGUGGCCGACAGUUGAUGAGCUGGUACGCGACGUCCUUCGUGUAUCCUACACAGCAGAGCGGGGCGCAGUCAUCCAUAGUGCUCGAUUUCCUCGGACUCACACGUGGCCGCGCGUAUAUUAACGGCCACGACCUGGGGCGCUACUGGCUUAUCAACGACGAAGGAGCCUUUGUUCAACGCUACUACCACGUCCCACGUGACUGGCUGGCUAAAGAUCGGGGGAAUCUACUGGUUGUGUUCGACGAACUGGGCGGGUCGGUCGCUGACGUGCAGCUGGUGUCCUCCACGAUGGUCCUAGACACCGCAGCGAUGGCAAUAGAGGGUAUUGAACGACCUGCUGCUGGCUUAGCGACGAUAGAUGAGUCUAGCGUCGUUGCGGUCAGCCGCGAGUGAUGGUACAAGGCGGCGAAGUUCCUGUAGAGCUAUUCUAACAAAUAUAAAAGCAAAUACGGGCUUGCUUGUCAAUCAUGGGCCACUUCAACUUGGCCG